AUGUUCACACGUGAACCGCACAGUGUGGUCCUCCUCCAGCGGAUGAUUCAUCCGUUCUCAGGCUUGUCCAUCACACCGCAUUGCUGUUUGCAUAUAGGGGAGACUUGUAGUCUUCUGGAAAAAGAAAAAAAAAAAUGGAGUGGGAUACAGCUGCUGCUGCUUUCAGUGAUCAAGUGGGAAAAUGCCCAGGCCCUCCUUGACGGUGGUGCCGGAGGGCAGAGCCCAAGGUCAGGCCAAAGCAGGAGGCUCCGUGCAGGGAACCAGAACCCGGGGCUGCUCCCGCACAAGCACAGGCUGGACCUCGGCAGAGGUGGGCUGCAGUCCCAGCUGGAGAAGAAUGUGCUCCAUGUUGUUAUUUCCUGGUUGGCAGAGGCACUACCACAGGAAGAUCGGGAAGGAAGCAGAAGCGAGGAUACCCAAGAAAAGCGAGCAGAGAAGGGGACCAGCCCCCCAGACUACCGACUCUACCUUCGCAUGUGGGCCAAGGAGGGAGAGGCUCAGAAGGAGACCAUCCAGGAUCUGCCCAAAAUGAACCAGGAGCAAUUCAUUGAGCUGUGCAAGACGCUAUACAACAAAUUCAGUGAGGACCCCCUGGAGCAGGACUUGUACCACGCCAUUGCCACAGUGGCCAGCCUCCUCCGCAUCAGUGAGGUGGGGAAGUUCUUCAGUCCCAGUGUCAAGAAGCCCACGGGUGGCACUCUCAGCAAGGACCAGGGCAGUUCCACUGAGGAUGAGUCCCCACUGCCAUCACCUGCAAGGGAAUCCCAUCAGGCCCCAGUACAGGAAUGCCAGCUGACAGCCACGGGGGACCCCUGGACCAAAGCUGGUGGAGACACCCACCUUGGAAAAGUGCCACAGGAGAGACAGACGGUGGUAGAGGGGGGCAGUGGAGAGGGGCAGGGCUCACCCUCCCAGCUCCUGUCUGAUGAUGAAACCAAAUACAACAUAUCCAUGUCCUCCUACUCAGUGGUCAGCAUGGGCUCCCUGCAGUGUGAGAACCCCACAGACACUGCCCGCAUUGGGAACACCAUGGACGCAGACUGGUGCAUCUCCUUCAAGCAGAUCCUGGCCUCCAUCCUGCCGGAGUCUGUGCUGGUCAACUUCUUUGAGAAAAGGGUGGACAUUGGACUCAAGAUGAAGGACCAGAAGAAAGUAGAGAGACAGUUGAGUGCCUCCAGUGAGCAUGAGCCAUCUGUUGCUCUGGGCUGAGCCCCUUGGCUGAGUGAUUCUGGCCGAGGCCUCUGUCCCUCCCUCCUUCCCUUUGCAGUUCCUCAUUAAAGACACAGCCCUGCUGCUCCCCCUUGGAAGCAGUGAGCUGUAAGUGAAAG